UUCAUUGGGGACUGGAUGAAGACGAAGUCAGACGCACGCCAUUUCACACAGAGACAGACCCAGAGACCAGAAUCGCCAUGACAACUGAAUACCAUGACAAUGUGGACGAAGGAAUGAGCAAUUUCUGGAACAAAGAGCCUCGUACUGUCGAUUUCUCCAGGUUCUCCAGGUACAGACGAUGGCUCUUUCCUGCUCUGACGGCUACACUCCUCCUGAUUCUGAUCAUAGCUCUGGGAGCCAGCAACACAUCGACAUGGAACCGGUUGUGGUCCUCGGAGAAAAGUGUUUCUAAUCUGACUGAAUCACUGAGGGACACACAGCAGCUCACCAAAGAUACAGCAAAAGAAGUUUUGUCAAUGAAGUUUGCUCUGGAGAACAGCAAGGACCAGCUGGCAUCAGUAUCAGAGGCACUGAGGCAGCUCUCAGCUCUGGACGCUCUCCGCAGGACGGUCGCUGAACUAAAAUGUUCUUUAGAACGCUUGGUCAACAACGGCACAACAGCACACGGCUGUUGUCCUCUGAAUUGGGAUUCUUUCGGCACCAACUGCUACUUAUUCAGUACCACGCCAUUAUCGUGGCACGAUGCCAGAGACUGGUGUAAUGGACACGAAUCUCACUUGGUCAUUCUUCUCACUGACGAGGAGUGGGAUUUUGUGAUCCAGCGUAGCGCGGGCUCCUUCCACUGGGUGGGUCUGACUGAUGAGAGGACUGGGCAGUGGGAGUGGGUCAACCAGACACCCUACAUCAUGAACCGGAGGCGGUGGAAACCUGGGCAGCCCGACAACUGGGCCCAUCAUGGUCUAGGACCUGGGAAUGAAGACUGUGCUCACCUUCACAAUGAUGGACGCCUGAACGACCGGCACUGCUCCAUCAAAGAACGCUUCAUCUGUCAGAAAGACAACCUGAGAGUCUGAACACACCUGCAGGCCUGACUCCGCCCACUGCAGAAUAAAAGGAACCUCUCCAAUUAAAGCACUGGGUAGAAAAACAAUGAGAACUUCUAAUACAAUCAGGAAAUUCCACUCUGUGGACUUCCUCUUUCAUGUAGAGUUCUUUCAAAAUCUUCCAGAAUUAAUAAAUGCAACAUAGCAUAUUUAGAAACAGUCCACGUAUCCUAUACAAACACACUUCAGACCAUCUCUACAUCUCUCAUUGUAAAGCCUAUUCUUUUUUUUUUUUUAAAUCAAUUUUAAAAUUUAAGAGGUCCAGUCUUAGAACAUUUCCUCAAAUUUCCAGACUAUGAUAAAGUUCUACAUUAUUGUCAGAGGGGAACGCUAAACAUUGGAGUUGUAGCCAGAAUUCAGUUUAUUUGCUUUAAGCUUCAAAAUAAUCCUAAUACAUUGAAAACCCAAAUAAAUGAAGAUCAGACUCUUGCUCAUGUUGACAGAAGCCACAUAAUGUACAUAAUGAAACAUCCCAAAUGUUCUUUAGUAGACAUGUAGCUGUGCAUUCACUUUCACUGUGAACAUGAAGAGAUGUCAGAUGUACUUUGUUCCAUACAGGCAUCCAAUGAAUCCUCCUAUUGAUCUUUUAUAUUGUUUCUCUAAAACAUAAAUCACAUUCAUUGAACCUUGCGAUCAUGUUAUUUUGUAAAUCACACCUCAUUUGUUUAUAUUUUUCCAGUAUGGUGGAUAACAGAUGCAGCAGUUGAUUGAACAGUGUCAGGGAGGAAAGUGUAAGAUCUCUAACCGCUGACUGACAUGUUGAAGUCAGACAUUAUGACACACAUUAAAAUAAUUGAA